GUGGAAGAAAUGGUACGGCCCGCUGGUACAGCUCUUGGAGUGGUGUCAUUGAUUCCGUCGUAGCAGAGCAGUCGGCUUUCGGAGGCUGUUGUGGUGAGAACAGAGCGAGAGAGAGAGAGAGAGAGAGAGAGAGAGAGAGCGAGAGAAGGACUCCAGACUCCCGUUAGCUCCUGUUCCUAGCUCUGCUAUCGUCUGGCUCUGCUAUGACCCUGUUUAAAAGUGAGCACCGCAGCCCCCGACACAUAAGUAUGACUGGAGAGCUUCAUUCGGGUCGCCCCAAGGCAGGAUCAAAGAGGCCCAGCAGCAUGGUACAUGGAUCUGACUAUGACCUGGAAUAUGACUGUUACCAGGAUGACUUCUAUGAAAGGGUGUAUGACUACCAGCGUGUUCCAGCUUCGCUGCUGCCUCUCCCUCAUGGGCCCAGCCCUGCCAAACGGCCCCGCUCUUCCUCCUCAUCCAGCCGGCGGCGGAGCCGCGACAGACUGUCCACCAAGACCAGCUCUCGGCCCAGCUCGUCCAGCUCCAGCAGGGCUAAGUUGAAGAUGGAGGAGCUGCAGACUAUUAAGCGGGAGCUGACGCUGAUCAAGGUGCAGAUAGAUGGCCUCCUGGACAGCCUGGACAGGAUGGAUCAGCAGCGGCGGGACCGCACAGGGUCACCCCCAACCAGGGAUGGCAGCCUGUCAGGGUCCCCAUACCACGGUGUGGCCAGCAGCCCAGACCACUCCCCCAGCUGCCACAGCCCCCGGCGUCGGGGCCGAAGAGAUCGGGUUGGAGGGGAGAGCCCCGAGCUAGGGGAGGCCAGUGACGACGACAACCACCUGGUAACCAUGAAUCCCCACAGUUCUGACCUGGAAGACGACAUCUGAGAGCGACAGCUGAGGAGCCUGGUGACAGAGCAGAUGAAGGGGGUGCUAUGCAUGGAAGGGGAGAGGCCGCCGCCAGUCCAGCAGUUGCCAUGGAAACAGUCAUCUCCAGUCCCGCCCACCCUCAUCCUCGCAGCACUCAGCGCUAACCAGUGUUCGUCUGUAGAAUCCCUCCUGGUUUCCCUCAAGCUGAUUCCAUUUGCACCAGGCUCACGCAGGGCCUGCCGCCAUCACACACCUAGAUCCAGCUUUCCUUCAUUUUUACAGGCACCUUUCUGGAUGUCAUUAUUUCACCUUCUUAGCUCGGUUGCCGUUUUCCUGCCCGCCGAAAAAAAAAAAAAAAAAAAAAGUAUAUUUUAACUGUCAUGGAAAUGGAAGCUUAUCUAGAGGAAUGUGCUUCAUAUCAGCCUGACAGUUUCGCUCCAGGGAGACACACACCAAACACACGCACGGCGGUGUCCUCGGAGAGAUCUCCAUCUGCAGAUAGUAAUUAUCCUCCACAAUGUGAAAGUUAAAGCAUACUAAAUGGUUUAUUAUCAGUUUCUUCCAAGUUAUGCCAGCAGAGCGUGCCAUAAAUCCUCUUACGGGAGAAUCAUACAGCGGAUCGAUUAAAUUGUUUGAGGUGAAUUCGGACCCGACCAUCAUAUAUAUGUGUGUCUGUUAUUUUUUGUGGUAAAAGGCCUGACUCAGACUUUGGCAGAAUUUAGCGACAGGCGUAAAGGGUGGACUCUUGUGUGUGGGGGGGGCACCAGGAGGCUGGUCUUCUCCACAGCUCAUAGUCCCACUUUUAUCCGUGCUGCGUUCCCAUGGUAAUUCAGCCAGAAAAGCCCCCGGUCAAUAUGACAGAAACUGUCAACACAUUGUUAUCAGGCAAUAAUUAAUUGCACAUCGCUCACGGAGCAGGUGGGGGGCGGUGGUGGGCAGGAGACUGGAUCUUGCCGGUGCUGAGAUUGCCUCCCCAUUUGACAGGGCUGUGUGCAGGAUGGUGAGCUGCUUGUUCACAGCGCCCCCUGCCUGUGCUUGCUGAAACUGACUUGAAACUGUAAAAGCCCUGCAUAUAUUUCCUGUGGGUGGAGCCUGCUGAUUUCAAAGUUAUAGUCAUAAAGAAGACCCUCCAACAUGCUGGGUAUGGCCUCUGUCAAUAUUCCUGACUGCUGGUGACAUCCUUAAUGGCUUUGUACAAUGUACCAUGUAGCUUCCAUACUUACUGAUCCUGGAUCAGUCCACCAGGCUGUUCAUGCCAUUGUUUUUACUGACUAUUUUCUCAGAUAAUGAUACACUGUAGUCAUUUAAUAAUGCAAGGUUUCAACUGCCCAGACAAACAAAUGUAACAGAAAGUUAAAUAACAUUGAAAGCGGUUUGCUUCCCUUUUCCAGCCAUUGAUUGGUGGCUCAUUUGUGACAUCAUAAGACUGUGCCACCCUUUGUCCUCUAACAUGUCCAUCUCCUUAGAGAACAUUUGCCUCUGUCUUCGCAUGGGUGUUCUGUCAGUCUAGGACAGAGGGACGGAGUGUCCGCUAAUUGCAGCGGUGAUGGGAAAGUCUCCUUCAAGGUUCAUCCCGACCUUCUCGCAGGGGUUGAAUCCCGACC